AUGGGGUGGGUGCUGCAGUCGUCGCCUGGAUCGCACAGCACGGCACAGCGUCAGUGCGACACAGUCGCGUACUGCUCACGCUCGUUCAGCUCUACCAUUCGCGAGGCUCCAUCUGGCUUCACGGAGAAAGGUGGUGCUCAACUGUCCGGCUUCACGGAGAAAGGUGGUGCUCAACUGUCCGGCUUCACGGAGAAAGGUGGUGCUCAACUGUCCGGCUUCACGGAGAAAGGUGGUGCUCAACUGUCCGGCUUCACGGAGAAAGGUGGUGCUCAACUGUCCGGCUUCACGGAGAAAGGUGGUGCUCAACUGUCCGGCUUCACGGAGAAAGGUGGUGCUCAACUGUCCGGCUUCACGGAGAAAGGUGGUGCUCAACUGUCCGGCUUCACGGAGAAAGGUGGUGCUCAACUGUCCGGCUUCACGGAGAAAGGUGGUGCUCAACUGUCCGGCUUCACGGAGAAAGGUGGUGCUCAACUGUCCGGCUUCACGGAGAAAGGUGGUGCUCAACUGUCCGGCUUCACGGAGAAAGGUGGUGCUCAACUGUCCGGCUUCACGGAGAAAGGUGGUGCUCAACUGUCCGGCUUCACGGAGAAAGGUGGUGCUCAACUGUCCGGCUUCAGUUUCUCUGUGGGGGGGUGGGUGGCGGGGUGGGGGGAAGGCUGGGGGGUGGCGGCAAGGUUUUCUGCACCACCAGCGCGCCAGCGCCAACCGACCACCGCCACGCCAUCAACCCCGCCCACUUCAGCUCGCUCCCUGCCCUGCUCUCUGCUGCGCCCUGACACGGCGGACGCUGUGUGGGGGGGGGUGGAAGGGCAGGCAGUUGAGGAAGAGGGGGGUACUCAAGCCUCCGUGAUCCCCUCCUCCCUUUACUCCUUUCCUCCUCCCUUUACUCCUUUCCUCCUCCCUUCACUCCUUUCCUCCUCCCUUCACUCCUUUCGUCCUCCCUUCACUCCUUUCCUCCUCCCUUCACUCCUUUCCUCCUCCCUUCACUCCUUUCGUCCUCCCUUCACUCCUUUCCUCCUCCCUUCACUCCUUUCCUCCUCCCUUCACUCCUUUCCUCCUCCCUUUACUCCUUUCCUCCUCCCUUCACUCCUUUCCUCCUCCCUUUACUCCUUUCCUCCUCCCUUUACUCCUUUCCUCCUCCCUUUACUCCUUUCCUCCUCCCGUACCUGCACCGCGCGAGAGGUAGCGGCGCGAGAGGUAGCGGCGCGUGACGGGCGGCAGGGAGUUCUAAGCACUCAGCUCUUCCCUCACUCCCCUUCCAUCGCACUCUGCUGCCCCCCACACUCUGCCUCUCUCUGCCUUCCUCACACUCUGCUUCCCCUGCAACCCCUGUUCCCCGCUAUCUGCUCCCCCCUCACUCUGCUUCCCCCACUCUCUCCAUCCCCUGAUUCGCUGCAUCUCCUGCAUCUCUGCUUCAUUUCUGCUCCAUCUGCAUCGUCUGCUUCAUCUGCAUCAUCACUUCACUUCACAGCACCAGCAGCAGCUUAUGAGCGGGAGGUAGGAGCGAGGAAGAUAACAGCUGGCCCUCUCUUCUGCUCCCAGCAGCUGCCAGUCGUCUCCAACUGCUGCCGCCACCGCUGCUGCAACUUCUAUCAUACCCUUCUGCUGCCACCGCUGGUGUCACUGAGGGCCUUCUCUUCUGCUGCUCCCACUGCUUCUGCCACCGCUGCUGUCACCAAAUAG